AUGACCCAGAACAUAUCAUUGGUUGAGCCGGCCAAAGUGCGAACUUUGCUGGUGCCAAUCGGCCAAUGGACGCGUUCAAGCUUCACGGAAAAGGUGGGCGCUUUGCAAGAACGCUUUGAGGCACGGUUGGUUGACAUCACGCCCAUCGAGGACCCCAAUUUCAAUCCACAGGGCUUCCCACAGGGCAGGCUCUUAUUUGAUUUUCAUACUAGUUUGAUAGAAGAAGAACAAUCGCUUUUCCUACAUGAUUUUGAAGUAUACAGAAAGACGUUCGUGGUGGUGGGUCUAGUGAAUAAGGAAAAUGAGGUUCCACAGAAGCUCCUAGACACACUGCAUAGAAGAUAUCCGGAUCCAAUAUCCCAUAAUCUGCUCUACUUUGAUGAUAAACAACUCCCGGCUUCUCCAAACAUCUACUGCGCCUCUACUACAAACCUCGAGACAGUCGUUUGUGACAUUGGUAGGGGUUUUCUGGAAGCUCUGGGCCAGUAUUAUGCUUCAUACAAACAUGUCACACUUCGGUCACCAGGCGCUAUUGGUGGCACGUCAGUUACCAAGACCAUUCUUGUGCCACAGCCCUCAGUUACAACCUCCUCGUCGCCUUCGAUGAGAGUAACGUCAAAUCCUAUUGACGCUACAGUCAACAGUACAGUCAAACGCAGCACCUCGCUCAAGUCGUUGAGUUUGAGCUCUACGGCAUCAUCCGACCAACACAGAGCUAAAGCACGGCAGUGCAAGAUUUUGGGGAACUUCAAACUUUUGGCUGGACAAUACCUCGAUUCCUUGAAUAGUUUUGCAGAAGCUGCAAUGACUCUACACAAGUAUCAUGAUCAUAUAUGGCUGGGAAGCGCUUUAGAGGGCCUGGCGCUCUCUGUGAUUCUGCUAACUUACCUCCAAGUUCCCUUUCAGAUUCCUUCCAUAAUAUCGCUUAUUUGCUCCCCUAAAGAUUUUGAGAGUGUCCCGACUUGCACCGUUUCUCAGCGAAAUAGCAUGUCUUCCAUAAACGUGCAAUCACCUAGAAAUUCCAUGGGUACAAAGUCAACGAAAAUCAAUGCUAUAGAUUCUCAAAACGUGGCCAUACCACUCCUAUACAAGUCCAUCAGCGAUAAGGUUUUGCAUUAUUAUGAAAUGAGUAUCUCUCAUAAUCGCGAAUAUGUUCCCCAGAUUGUUUUUUGCGAGCACAUACUGCGCACUGCACAAUUUAUGGCCUAUUGUCAUUCUCAUAACGAAUUUGAUAGAGAUUUAUUGAAACCGUCCAUGUCUUCGGAAUCUUCGAAGCUCGCGAACACAACUUCGGAUACACCCAAUUCGCUGAGAGAGUACUUUUCGAAGCUGGAAGUUUGCCUCACCGCCAAUAAACUUUUCGAUCUACAGCUGAAAGAGAUGGAUAUUUUCUGUCAGGUGAAAGUGUUCGCAUCACUAGCUGCUUUGUACAGCAAAAUGGGAUUUAAAAGAAAGUAUGCCUUCAUGUUGCGCAUUUUGCUUGUUAGCUUACUACCGCGGAAUGUUUCUGACAGUGUGUUCAGUGUCAUAAAUAGCACACAUCAUGACUCGCUUCUGACUUUAAUACAGGCUUAUGGUAUCAACAAACAACCAGAACAUCUCAUAAAAGACGCUGCCAGCUGCGGCUGGGUUACCAUACAAAAGAACAUACUGAUGCUGGCCAUAAAUAUAUCUGUCAAGACUCAACACACAGAAAAAGUAUGCGAGUUCUCACUGAUGCUUUUACAAAAAUACUCACACGCUCUCACUAGAAGCGAACAAACAAAUCUGCUUCGAAGCAAUAUCUUAGCAAAUUCGAAUAUCAGUCAAAGUGUCACUUAUUGGGAUCCAUUUUUGCUGAGAAACUUAGAUAUAAUCCAGCUGGAAAAUCAUAAAGAGAUUCCACAAGAAAAAUGCAUCACGGUGAAUAAGGCAGAUGUGGGCUCUCAGCGACAUUCCCAGGUUUUCAAUCCUUACAAAAACCGUGGCAUUCGUGAUAUAACCGAAAAAUCCAAAUCAGAGGAAACUUUCACAAGGUUUCUGCUGGGUGAAACAGCAGAGUUGAUUGUUGUUCUUCAAAACCCCUUCAAGUUUGAUCUUGAGAUAACGCAACUGGCUUUUCGCAAAAAGGACGAAGAGAUUGUCAGCAUUCUGAGCGACAGCUUAAGGAGGGAACUUCCCUUCACCAUCAAGCCAAAUUCCAUGGCUUCCCUUCAUCUCCCCGUUACUUUUAUCAAAGAAACAGAAUCUGUAUAUGAAUUGACAGGUCUUCAAGUUGGAGUCUUUGGGCUCACCCCAACAUCGUUCGACAUCGUGAAUUCAGAAAAGCGGCGAGAGGAGCAUGGGAUUGAGGACAAGCGGGCAAUCUCUGAUCGAUACAAAUUCCGUGUGAUCAAUGAACAGCCCCAAGUUGAGUUCGUGAGUAGCACUCUCGAUGAAAACUCCAUCAUGAUGCUUGAUGGCACGAAGCAAUCAUUUGAAAUUGUGCUGCGUAACCAGUCGCUGAGCAAAGCUGCCAAUUAUCUGGAGUUCACACACGUUACGAAUGUCGAGUCUGAGUUGGGAUCAGAUUAUUGGAAGAGACUUGCGCCUGAUGACCUAUACGACGUCGAAAAACAGCUAGAAUGGGUGCAAGACCAUUGCUUGAAAAUGAGAAAUGUUCCUGCAGAAAUUCCCGCCAAUAGUAAUGUGACAUUGACCAUAGAUAUUGACGUAUCUCAGGCCUCUUUCCAAUUGAAGAACUUUGAGCUAAAGCUACUGUAUGGAUGCAAGAACGAGGUAGAAAGUGACUAUGUUUUCACCAAAACAUUAGUUGUGCCUUUCAACAUUUCUUUACGGAGAAGUAUAGAGGUUUCAAGUUUAGAAAUGGUUCCCGCCUCGAAAGAACUUUUGCAGGCAGAGAGCUCUUUUUUGCGAACAGCAGGUGCUUCUGUCAACACACUCAAUGCUGAAAGCUUGGCUUUACUGUUGAUAGACGUUCGCAAUUCUUGGGAUGAAAAUGCUACAGUCUUGAUGCAUUUUGGCGAAUACCAAUGCGAGCCAGAAACGCUAGGGUCUCAUAGCACGAAAAGAUUUAUUUUGCCUAUCGACGGGCUCCACCCACUGGUCAACUGGAGCACCAAAGAGAUACCUAGCCUUGUGCGCGGACGGCAGUACGUGAACAGUGGUCUUGCGCGAGACCAGACUGCAGCGAUGCGUCGCAGUUUUUGGUGUCGCGAAAUGCUCAUGGAGUCUCUCAGGUGCGAAUGGAAACUCCACGAUAGUGCUAGCACUAGUGGCUCAGUGCAUUUCCGUCAAUUUCUCGAUAAGAUUGGUCCUCGAGAUGUCGAUAUUCUCUGUCAGCAUCGGGAUGUUCCUUAUCGCGUUAGUUUAUUUUCAUCCAAGGCCAAAGUCCUAGUUGGAGAAAAUAUCAAGCUGGAGGCUCAGGUCUCUUUAACUGACGCUCACAAUUCUGCUGCUCUCAAGGCACAGGUUCAAGUGGAGUUUUUAAUCUACAACCGUCGCACUGGGUUGGCACUUCCAAGUUCCAACACGAGACUUCUUUACAACGGCCAGCUCUCCUGUCUUACAAACCCGAACAAUGACUAUCCCGUAACAUUAGAAAUUACGCCAAUCGAUCCGGGCGACUAUGAAGUUGGCUGCUGUGUGAAUUCCUCGUAUUUUAACGAACAGCCCGUAUAUGUUCGUGUCGAACGACCACCAUCAAUCUUGACGGAAAGUUCGUCAAGUUAG